AUGCCUAAAUUGGAACAAUUUGAAAUCAAAAAAUACUGGCAAAUAUUUUCAGGUUUAAAACCUGUUGAUAAAAAAUUGAGUUAUGAUCAAGUUAGACCAGUAUUGUAUAACUCUAAAUUGGAUACGUCUAUAACUUCUCAAAUAUGGUCGUUGGCCGAUAUUGAUGAUGAUGAUAACCUAGAUUUUGAAGAAUUUGUCAUAUGUAUGAGAUUAGUUUUCGAUAUGGUCAAUAAAAAUAUUGAUCGUGUUCCUCAAGAGCUGCCUGAUUGGCUAGUUCCCGGAAGUAAAGUUAAGUUAAUUAAACAGAAAAAAUUAGAAAAACAACAAUUAACCGAAUCAACUAGCUCUACGCCAACCAAGAGUGGACCAGAUACUAAUUCUGGUAAUAUAAUACAAGCUGAUCCUACUACCAAUAGUGUUGUUGAGACUAGCAGCAGUGCUGUUCCUGUCAAUGUCAAAUCUCCAGAUUUAGAUUGGUACAUUUCGCCUUCAGACAAAGAUUUGUAUGAAGCUUUACAUUCGGAAUGUGUUUUAUCUACAGAUGGGACGGUAACUUUCAGUGCUAUUUGCGCAUCGAUUAAAUCCAUUUUACCAAAUAUUAAUGACUCGGAUAUGGAACAAGUUUGGAAGUUGGUUAAUCCAAAUAAUUACCCUUCUAUUGACAAAGAUCCUGCUUUAUAUUUUAUCCAUAUUUUAAAACAAAAAAAUGACAUAGGUUGUAAUAUUCCAAGCUCUGUACCAACUGCUCUAAGAGAAACUUUUUUAAAGCAACAAAUAAACAAUAAUUUAUCCUCUUCCCAGGCCAAUAUUAGGAAAAGUGUAGAAACCUAUGAUGAUACUAACAAGGGCAAUAAUAAUGACAACCAUGAAAAAAAAUACAAUACUGCUGUUAAUCACGAUGAUGAUGAUGACGAUGAAAAUAUUACAGGUACUUGGGGUAUAGUAAAAUUGAAAAGAAAAUUGGCACAAUUGGAUCAAGAAUACGAUCGAAUUAUGGAUAGUAAUACUUUUGAUCCAAACAAAGAUCAUAUCUCCAUUGUUAAGUCACAGUUUCAAGAAUUAUUAAACUUUAAAAAAAAACAGUUUCUCGAUGUUGGUGGUAUGUCCUCUUCUAAAAUCGCUAGUACUAAGGAUGAUUUGGAUAGUAUUGAAGAUCAGGUCGCCUCCUUGGAAAACUAUUUAAAAUCUCAAAGAGCAGCAUUACAAUCUUUAAAACAAGAAAUUCAAAAAUGUUGA